UGGUGAUCUACUUCCAAAAUAUCAGCCACUGAAAACCCUGCGGAGCCCAGUUCUACUCUGACACACUCGGGGUCACCGUGAGUCGAGGUCGACUUGCCGGCAGCUGGAGUUUGGUGUUUUGUUUUUUUCUACUCCAGUAUGACCUCAUGUUACCGGAACAGAUAACAGCUGCAAAGGGCCGAUUUCCAAACAAGGUCACACUCACAGGCCAAGAUUUGGAUUUGCUAGAUGCUCUUGGUGAGGAUGACAAGAAGCCCACAACACCUCCCAAGAAGCCCAUUCCAGAAGAUGACCUGAAUUUAGAAGAUGCCCUUGGUGGUGGACAGGACAAUGAGCCAGCACAGCCUUAUCCACCUAAACCGAAGCCGGAUCCAAACCCUCACCAGCCUGGCUCCUCCGGCCGCUUUUCAGAUUCCGACCUUGCUGACGGGACAGGUGGUGGAGGUGGCGGGGGGAGCCCCAGAGAUGACGGCAACCAGCAGGCUGAAUCCCCCGGGGUCAUCCCUGGGAUCGUAGGGGCUGUAGUGGUUGCUGUGGCUGGGGCCGUCUCCAGCUUCAUCGCAUACCAGAAAAAGAAGUUCUGCUUCAAAGAAAAUGGGGAACAAGGGGACGUGAACAUGGAGAACCAUCAGGGCACCAACACGGAACCACCUGUUCAACGCACGCUUCUAGAGAAGGCUUAGAGACUCCCGGCAAAAAACAACCCAGGUGUUCACAGCUGGGUUAGAAGACGGACUUCUGCUGUUUGCCAAGGACACCAUCUCUGACAGGCAGAGACACAGAGGCUGGGAGGAGCCCCAUCCUGCCCCCCAGUUUGCUCGCAUGGGGAUUUGUUUGUUUGUUUUAAUACUGUGAUGCGCUCUGCCUGUUGCCCUGCCGGGUCUAUGAUGUUUACUAACAAGGAAUUUUCCAGCCAAAGGGGACUCGGGCCCCUUCUCCAAGGCCCUCGGGGGUUUCCCGUGGGAUGUGACAAGCAGACCGUUAUAAAGUCCCAAUCAUUCAAAUACCACGCUGACUCAGGGACCCCCGGUCCUGUACUCCUGGCCAUUUACAGAUUGCCUGGAAAUUAAACACAUCUGAAAUUUCCACGCCAUUGGUAUUUUUUUUUUUAUAAAGUGAGAUGAGUCUUCCACUUACUGCCUCCAUAAUUGUUUUAUUUGUUAAGAGUUUUGAUAGAUACCAGACUAAUUUUUUAAAAAAAAGUAGAAACCAAGUAUUGUUUACUUCGGUGUUUUGCUUUCUGACUACUUC